AGCUCUUCAACAUGUUAUGAAAAGCAGCUAGUGAUGCUUGUGUAACUGCUCGUUUUGCCUGCAGCUGCACAAUGCCAGCUGAGGGUACGGAGGACCAAGCCCCUGCCUCACUCUCCAGCCCGGUCAGUGCGGCUCUCACCCUGGGCGGGACAGAGGAGGAUGGGGCCGCAGGGGGCACAGCCUCCUUCCCUUUUCCAGAGAGCAGCCAAGGCUCCGAGUCUGCUGCCACAUAUCCUGCCAGUUCAGGGUCAGAGGAGGGACCUGGAUCAAAACGGUCUGGGGCCUUACUGCACAUUAACAGACAGCGAAUCCAGGCAGCAUCUGCCAGUUCAGGGGCAGACGAGCUGCAGGGCCUUGGUGUGGCAGUCUAUGAUCAGGAGGUACUGGAGCAAGGUGUGCUUCAACAGGUGGAUGAAGCCAUUCAGGAAGCAAGUCGCGCUUCUGCUAAAGCAGAGGCAGAAAAAGAGUACGAGUCGGUACUGGAUGAUGUCAGGUCAAUCACAAUCGAAUUAAAACAUAUCAACAAGAUAAUUGAUCAGCUCAGACCUUAUGCUGCCUCCAGCAAAGAUAUCAGCAGAAAGAUUGAAUCUGUGAAACGACAAAAAGAGAAUAAGGAAAAACAGCUGAAGAAAAUAAGAGCCAAACAAAAAAGACUCCAGGCCAUUCUGGGUGGAGACGACUCUCUGAAACUUGAACUUGAGCUCUUAGCUGAAGAAGAGGAUGCAGAAGAAGAAGCUGGCCCUUCCACGCUUGGCAGUAUGCUUAUGCCAGCGCAAGAGACAGAGUGGGAGGAACUUAUUCGCAAAGGACACAUGACACCAUUUGGGACUCGGAUCCCACAAAAAGAGGAAAAGAAGGAGCCCCGAAAAGUGAUGCUAGCUGAAAACUCUGCCUUUGACCAAUACUUGGCUGAUCAAGCCAAACUUGCAACAGAAAGAAAGAAGCCACCGAUGUUAAAGAAAAAACAUACCUCAAACUACAACACAAAUGGAGUCAAGAUCAAAACCAAAACAUUAUCCCCAAAAGAUAAGAAGCUCAAAAAGAAGAUACGUAAACUUCAAAUAACAGCUUUGAAAGCUCAUCCCAAAGCUCGGCCAAAGACUGAUCCAACAAUUCCAAAACAAAACCGAAAACAUAAAAAUGAGUAUGGAGAAACUGACAGUGAGGGAUCAGAGUAUGUGCCGAGUGAUGAGUGCAUGGACCCGGACCAAGAGGAUCGAGAGGCUAUGGAGGAGGGCUAUGGUGAAGACGAUGAUGAAGAAUAUGAGUUAAAACCAUACAAAAGGAAGAUAAUGGGCAAAGGGAGGAAGAAAGUGAAAGAUGAAAGUGAUGAGGAGUUUAGUCCUGAGAGUUCAGAUGAAGACUGUGAGAAGAAGAGCAAAGCAAAGAGAUUUAAAGAUGAUGGAGAUAUUGAAUACUAUAGACAGAGAAUAAGAAAAUGGAAACGUCAGCGCCUUCGCGAAAGGGAGGAGAGAAGAGAGAGAGACGAGGAGGUCACAGAUGACAGUGAUGCUGAAUUUGAUGAGGGGUUCAAAGUACCUGGAUUUCUCUGGAAGAAACUUUACAAAUACCAGCAGACAGGGGUGCGCUGGCUGUGGGAGCUCCACUGUCAGCAGGCGGGGGGUAUUCUUGGAGAUGAAAUGGGGCUGGGCAAGACCAUCCAGGUCAUCAGCUUUCUGGCCGGUUUGAGCUACAGCAAACUUCGGACUCGAGGGUCUAACUACAGGUAUGCUGGUCUGGGGCCUACUGUAAUAGUCUGUCCAGCAACUGUAAUGCACCAGUGGGUGAAGGAGUUUCACACCUGGUGGCCCCCUUUUCGAGUAGCUGUCCUUCAUGAAACUGGUUCUUUCACAAGUAACAAGGAGAAACUUGUUCCAGAGAUUGCCUCUUGUCAUGGUAUCCUGAUAACCUCAUACUCAGCCGUGAGGAACAUGCAGGACAUAUUACAGCGCUAUGAUUGGCACUACAUCAUUUUGGAUGAAGGCCAUAAAAUCAGAAAUCCAAAUGCUGGAGUUACUGUGGCUUGCAAACAGUUUCGCACUCCUCACCGGUUCAUUCUGUCAGGCUCCCCCAUGCAGAACAAUCUGAAAGAGCUGUGGUCUCUUUUUGACUUUGUCUUUCCUGGUAAACUGGGGACACUGCCUGUGUUUAUGGAGCAGUUUUCUGUGCCAAUCACUAUGGGUGGAUACAGCAAUGCCUCACCUGUUCAGGUUCAGACCGCCUAUAAAUGUGCAUGUGUACUGAGAGACACCAUAAAUCCUUACCUGCUCCGGAGAAUGAAGGCAGACGUUAAGGCCAACUUGUCUCUUCCUGACAAGAAUGAGCAGGUCCUGUUUUGCAGAUUAACAGAUGAGCAGCGGCAAGUGUAUCAGGGAUUUUUGGAUUCGAAAGAGGUUUACCAGAUACUGAAUGGAGACAUGCAGGUUUUUUCAGGUUUGAUUGCUCUCAGAAAGAUCUGCAAUCACCCGGACCUGUUCUCGGGCGGCCCCCGGAUGCUGAGGGGAAUCCCAGAGGACCAGCUGACUGAGGAGGAGCACUUUGGAUACUGGAAACGCUCGGGCAAACUGAUUGUGGUGGAGUCUCUACUGCGGCUCUGGUUCAAACAGGGUCAUAGAGUGCUGCUCUUCACCCAGUCCAGACAGAUGUUGGACAUCUUGGAGGUCUUUGUGAGAGAGAAUAACUACUCAUACCUGAAGAUGGAUGGCACUACCACUAUAGCGUCCCGGCAGCCCCUCAUUGCACGCUACAACGAGGAUAAAUCCAUUUUUAUUUUCUUGUUGACCACAAAAGUCGGUGGUCUGGGAGUCAAUCUGACGGGAGCCAACAGAGUCAUCAUCUAUGAUCCAGACUGGAACCCCAGCACUGACACACAGGCACGUGAGCGGGCAUGGAGGAUCGGUCAGAAACAGCAAGUAACUAUUUACAGAUUGCUGACUGCGGGGACCAUUGAGGAGAAAAUCUAUCAUAGGCAAAUCUUCAAGCAGUUCCUAACCAACCGCGUCCUGAAAGACCCUAAACAAAGACGCUUUUUCAAGUCCAAUGACAUUUACGAGCUCUUCACACUCUCAGACCCUACUAGUGCUCAGGGAACAGAAACUAGUGCCAUUUUUGCAGGUACUGGCUCAGAUGUCAAGGCACCAAUGAAAGCCUCAAAACAAAGCGCUAAUGCACAGAGCCAAACAAGGACACAACAUUCAGCAAAUGCAGACUCGUCAAAAAAUGCACUAUACAAUAAAGAGUCUCACAACUUGCCUCACAACAUCCAAAGUAGAGAUUCAGUAUUGACCAGUCCACAGAAACACAAGGCAAAAAGGAAACACUGCCACACAGAAGACAGCACGAGACGCACAGAAAAGAAACGAAAACACUCCAGAGACGCACGCUUCGAAGGGCACCGGAUAUCUCACCUGGUUAAGAAAAGGGACUAUAAGAAGGCUGAUGGUGAAGAAAAUCAAGACAACCAGGGGAAAUCUGAUGAUUAUGUUCUGGCAAAGCUAUUCAAAAAAUCAGGUAUCCACAGUGUGAUGCAACAUGACACCAUCAUGGAGUCCUCCAACCCUGACUACGUUCUGGUGGAAGCUGAGGCCAACAGAGUCGCCAAAGAUGCUUUAAAAGCCCUUAAAGUUUCUCGUCAGCAGUGCAGACUCUCCUACACCAACUCCACUCCUCCACAAAGAAAAAGAUUUGGACAGAAGAAUAAUUCUCUUCUAAUUGAGCCGACUGUUCAGUCUGUCCCAACUACAACCAAAUGCAAGGACGCUGCGAUUGUAAAGAAGUCGAAAAAGCCAGGUUCUGGUGCACACUUCAGUGGAGAGGCUGAGAAUGAUGGUGCAUCUGCCACCCUCUCCUCCUCCUCCCUGUUGGCCAAGAUGAGAGCUCGCAAUCACAUUAGUGUCCCCUCUGGCCAACGAGACGAGGAAGAGGAAGAGGAAGCUGAUGCACAGCAAACCAGCGGACCACCAGCUCAACACACUGAGCACGACGAGCUGUUAGUUGAUCUGCGUAACUUUAUAGCCUUCCAGGCCCACGUAGAUGGACAAGCUAGUACUCAUGAAGUGCUGGAGUAUUUUAAACCACGACUGACUCAGGCACAGGCUCCUGUUUUUCGAGAGCUGCUUCGGAGCAUCUGUGACUUCCACCGAACGGCUGGUCAGGAGGGGCUCUGGAAACUCAAGCCACACUUUCGCUAAAGAAAGUGCUACUUGUUUGUACAUGACAAAUAAUUAUUUUUCUACUUUUAUGUUAAUAGCAUUGUUUAUCCAUCAUUAAGAAGGAAGGAUUUGUUUAUGUCAUAUAGUGACAUGUUAUGUACUGUUCUUUUUUGCACCUGAUACUUACUUGAAAUGAAAUCUUGUUUACAUAAACACUGAUCUGAGUAGUUCUAUACUCAGUUAAUUUUUAACAUGGAUGCCUCAAUUUUGCCAUAUUUUACUCUGUGAUUUCCAACUUUGUUCAUGAAACAUGUUUGUCAUUGAUAAAAAUAUAAGAUGUCAAUGUUAUUUAAAUGGAUGUUGUAGAGUAACAAGAGGGAUGUGAUAUUUUGCAAUAAACUAGUAAUAGUUCUUGGUU